AUGAUGCAGGUCUCCAAGCGGAUUCCUUUCGACAACCCUGAUGUGCUCCUCGGCGUCCGUGCUCUGUACAUUGUGUCCAACGUGAUCAUUUUGGGCAUCUACCUCUAUGUGCAGUCCAAGAUCAACAAAAAGAAGGACUUGACCACCCUCAAGUACGUUGAGCCCGCCCCGAUGGGCUCCGGCGAAGAACCGCGUCCCGUGACGACUACCGUCAUGGAGUACGACAAGCAGCAGCUCCGCCAGCUGAUGCGCUCCCAGCUCAUGGGCGUCGGCAUGAUGGCCGUCAUGCACUUGUACUUCAAGUACACCAACCCGCUAUUGAUCCAGUCGAUCCUUCCCGUCAAGAGCGCGCUCGAAUCCAACUUGGUCAAGAUUCAUGUUUUCGGAAAGCCGGCCACUGGCGAUCUUCAGCGCCCCUUCAAGGCUGCUGCUGGUUUCAUGGGAAUGGGGCAGGGCGAGAUCAAGAGCGACAAGGCUUCGAUUGAGAGUGCGGAGAAGAACUGGCGGGGCGGKGUUAAGGAGGAGUAA